AUGAUUAGUUAGGACAGCAUUAACAAUAAUGCUGAAUUUUAAUUUCCAUCGGAAUUGAAAAUUAAAGAAGAGAAUAGAUAAGAUGCAAAUUAGAAGGGUGGAGAUGAAAAACUAUAAUUAUUGUAGCCACAUACCCUCAGUUCUCUACCUUCUGUCGAAUAAAUCGAUUAAACGCAAGCACCUUAAUUGCUAUAAAUCUUCUCCCAAAUGUCAAUCGAUGAUAAUUGGAAUUAGAAAGGAAAAUUUACAAAAUAGAUGUCAAUUGAAUUGACAAGUCCCUCUCCUUUGAAAAAGCAGAAAUAGAAGAGUGAACAACAACUCUUCAUAGGAAUGAAGCAAGUAGAAAAGUAAGAAGAAUUAUCUCACAUCUAAACUCGAAGAAAAGUGAUUAAAACAAAUUAUAAUGUUGAUGAUUCUCCAACUGAAGAAGAUGAUUUCAGACCAUGUCAUUGUGCUAAAACACAUUGUUUAUAAUUAUAUUGUUCCUGCUUUCAUAAUCGGAGACCCUGUACAAACGAGUGUAAGUGUAACGAUUGUUAUAAUGAUGGCAAACACGAAGAUGAAGUCUUAAAGGCAGUGGAAUAAAUUAAAUUAAAAGAACAAAGAGCAUCUCAUCAUGACCUCGACUCAUUUGAUACUAAAUAAGUGUGGGGGUGUAAGUGUAAGAAGACUAAGUGUGUGAAAGGUUAUUGUGAAUGUUUCAUAAGAGGAAAGAAAUGUACAUCUCAUUGUUAAUGUACGGAAUUAAAAACCAUAGAGUGA